UAUGGUUACGGUCAGGGGGCGGGCACUCUGUCGAUGGACACGGGCGACAGCACAAACGGGCCGCCGACCAGUAACAUACCGGCCACAGCCCAGGCCUUCAUAGCACCCAAAAGGGGUCCGCCGUCACCGCAGCCGCAAACUAACGGCACAAAUAGGCCAGUGUUUGGCGGCGCAGACGUCUGUCCCCGUUGUGGCAAAGCUGUCUAUAUGGCCGAGAAGAUGAUGGGCGGCGGAUCGCAUGUUAUGGCAAAAUGUAUGGACCGAAAGGCUAUGGCUUCGGAGGCGGUGCAGGAGUUUUGCAAAAUUUUGUCGAAUAAAGGCGUCAAACGUAUCCCUCAUUCAUAUCAACAGUACUUUUAAUUCCGACGAAGAAUUCCUCCAACAAAAUAAUAUUAUGAUAAAUGUUGAGUGAAAAUGAGUGCCAAUGUGUGCACACAUUCCCUGUUAUCCAAAUACACAACUUAUCGAUGAAUUAACCACUUAUUUGUUGGAAAUAUUUCUGAUAAAGCGUUUAAAACUAAAAUCAUUGGAUUUUAAAUCUAUUAUAAUAUAUCGAAAUAUAUUACAAAUAUAUUUAUAAAAACCAUUUUAAUUGCAAACUCAUUAUCGAUAAGUUAUUAAAUAUACAGAAUAUUUAGGAAUUACCGCAC